ACAGCUAUGACAAUUGACAAAUCAACGAAGGCGUAGUCUGGACUGGACUGGACUGUGUUCAAGUAGAGUAGUUGAUUUUGAAGAUUGUAUUGGAGCAAGUAUUAUCUCUUUGCAGGGAAACACAACAAGUGUGCUCUGUUUGGCGGUUUCGUUGGGACUCUGUCCAUUCGUUACGCUUCCCACGACGUACAAUACUUUUUCCAUUGGAUUUUACGCCGGCUUUCGCCUUCUCUUAUCUAUUUCUCUUCAUCAUUGUGUAUCUAUUUCAUAUAUAUUUCACAUAAACAUAUGUGUAUGCACUGUUAAUAUGUUUGUGAUCUGCUUUGUUAAGUUUUUGUUUUUUGGUGUUUUAGAGGUUGCAGGGAAAUCAUGGGAUUCUUGAGCACUUUUGUGGGAGUCGUUGGUUUUGGGAUUGGAGUUCCACUAGGACUCUUGGUGGGUUUCUUUCUCUUUGUAUACUCCCAGCCCAAAGAUGUUGAGGAUCCAGUUUGUAAGCCACUUACCGAGUUAGACGCCACUGCUUUGCUUGACGUUCUACCUGAGGUUCCAUUAUGGGUAAAGAGUCCUGAUUAUGAUCGUGUGGACUGGUUAAACAAGUUUGUGUCAGAUAUUUGGCCAUUCCUUGAUAAGGCAAUUUGUGCUACCAUAAGAAACACGGCAGAACCUAUGUUUGCGGAUUACACUGGAAAGUAUAUGAUCGAAGCAAUUGAAUUUCAGAAAUUAAGUCUAGGAACUCUACAUCCCACAUUUCAAGGUAUUAAGGUGUAUGAGACUAAUGAGAAGGAGUUGGUUAUGAAACCGGCAAUUAGGUGGGCUGGCAAUCCCAACAUUACUUUGGUUUUAAAAUUGAAGUAUUUUCGAAUUACAGUUCAGUUAGUGGAUUUGCAAAUAUUUGUAGCACCUCAGAUAACUUUGAAACCUCUGGUUUCAACAUUUCCAUGUUUUGCAAAAAUUGUUGUCUCUUUGAUGGAAAAGCCACAUGUGGACUUUGGACUGAAAAUAUUGGGAGGGGAUGUUAUGUCCAUACCAGGCCUCUAUCGCUUUGUCCAGGAAACCAUUAAAAAAGAAGUGGCAAGUCUUUACCUCUGGCCUCAUACUCUUGAAAUUCCUAUUCUUGAUGCUUCAAAAGGGGCCAUAAAGAAGCCUGUGGGCAUCCUGCACGUUAAGGUUGAGCGUGCAAUGAAGCUCUUGAAGAUGGAUUUUCUGGGAACAUCCGACCCUUAUGUCAAACUCAGCCUAACUGGAGAAAGAUUGUCAGCAAGAAAAACCACUAUCAAGAAGAACAACUUAAAUCCUGAAUGGAAUGAGAGCUUCAAGCUUAUCGUGAAAGACCCCCAGUCUCAAGUUCUUCAGUUACAAGUCUAUGACUGGGACAAGGUUGGUAGGCAUGACAAGUUGGGAAUGCAAUUAGUGCCCUUGAAACUACUUACUCCUCAUGAGACUAAGGAGUUAACUCUUGAUUUGCUUAAAAGUACCAAUGUGAGUGAUCCAAAAGACCAGAAGAAAAGAGGGCAAAUUGUGGUGGAGUUGACCUUUGUCCCUUUUAAAGUAGACAACGGUAGCUUUCAUGAAAUUCUUGAGAGAUAUGAAAGAAAGCAAAGUGGAAUUGACAGUUCAUCAGAUGAUGAGACUCUGAGUGGAGCAGGUCUACUCUCAGUUACAGUUCAAGGAGCAGAAGAUGUAGAAGGGGAGCGUCAUAACAAUCCAUACGCUUUAGUACUUUUCAGAGGAGAAAAGAAGAGAACAAAGAUGAUAAGAAAAACUCGCGACCCACGUUGGAAUGAAGAGUUCCAAUUCAUGCUUGAGGAUCCUCCUUUACAUGAGAAUAUCCGUAUAGAGGUCAUGAGCAAGCGAUCAGGCAUUAGUUUUCGUUCAAAGGAAUCACUCGGAUAUGUAGAAAUCAAUCUCACUGAUGUUGUGCACAAUGGACGUAUCAACCAAAAAUAUCAUCUGAUAGAUUCAAGGAAUGGACUGGUACAUGUUGAGAUAAGAUGGACAACCGUCGAGGAUCGGGACAACGCUACAGCUUGAGUAUUCUCCAUUUUCACAAAUAUACAAAUUGAUGAUACAGCAUGUUCUAGUAAAAGGCGCUUCCAUACAAAUUUCUUUGAGGUACUACUCUUGUACAAAAAAAGUUUCUGUAAUAUUGUACCUGUUUUGGAUUUUCUUUUCCCAUUGAUGAGGAUACAUGUUUUUUUACCUACUUAUUUAUGAAAAUGAUUGCAUCAACUUAGUUCUGCAACUUCUGAUA